GCGGUGGAGGGACUGAAGGAGCUCGAGGUCUAGGAGGGGGCGGGGCUUCUGUCGUGGGAGGAGUCAAGGCCCUGCCCCCUUCCGUAGGGCGCGUCAUUUCCUUCCGCCGAGGAACAGAGAAAGCAGCCGGCGGAGUUGCGGGCAGAGCGUCUCGGGCAGGAAUUCCUUGGUCGCAAGUGGCUGGCGCCCGGGAUGGCCGAGGUGGAGGCCCAGGGCCGCCUGUGGCUGGAGAGUCCCCCUGGGGGAGCGCCCCCCAUCUUCCUGCCCUCGGACGGACAAGCCCUUGUCCUGGGCCGGGGACCCUUGACCCAGGUUACGGACCGGAAGUGCUCCAGAAACCAAGUGGAGCUGGUCGCAGACCCCGGGACCAAGACCGUGGCAGUGAAACAGCUGGGAAUUAACCCCUCAACUGCUGGGACCCAGGAGCUGAGUCCGGGGUCAGAAGGCUCUCUGAGGGUAGGGGACACGUUGUAUUUGGUCAACGGCCUCCACCCGCUAACCCUGCGCUGGGAAGAGGCUCGCACGCCCCAAUCCCAGCAAGACACUCCGCCAGGCACCCCUCCGGCGGCUCCGGACGAGGCAGAGGAUGUUGAGCCCCAGAAAAAGCGGAUGCGGAUGUCCUCCCCCGGCUGGGAGAAGUUCGAGAAGCUGCUAGUGUUUACCGCACCUGGGGUGAAGCCCCGCAGCAAGGUGGCCGGCUUCGAUCUGGAUGGGACCCUCAUCACCACACGCUCUGGGAAGGUCUUUCCCACUGGCCCCAGCGACUGGAGGAUCUUGUACCUCGAGAUUCCGCGUAAGCUCCGGGAACUGGCCGCUGAGGGCUACAAGCUGGUGAUCUUCACCAACCAGAUGGCCAUCGGGCGCGGGAAGCUGCCGGCAGAGGAGUUCAAGGCCAAGGUGGAGGCUGUGGUGGAGAAACUGGGGCUCCCCUUUCAGGUGCUGGUGUCCACGCACGCAGGCUUGUACCGGAAGCCGGUGAUCGGCAUGUGGGACCAUCUGCGGGAGCAGGCCAACGAGGGUGUCCCCAUCUCCAUCGGAGACAGUGUGUACGUGGGAGAUGCAGCUGGACGCCCAGCCAACUGGGCCCCUGGGCGGAAGAAGAAAGACUUCUCUUGUGCAGACCGUCUGUUUGCACUCAACCUCGGCCUGCCCUUCGCCACGCCAGAGGAGUUCUUUCUGAAGUGGCCCGUCGCCAGCUUCGUGCUCCCCACCUUUGACCCGCGAACUGUCUCCCCCUCGGGGCCGCUCUACCUCCCUGAGUCCAGCUCCCUCUUGAGCCACGACCCUGAAGUGGUGGUCGCCGUGGGAUUUCCUGGGGCCGGCAAGUCCACCUUCCUCCAGGAGCAUCUCGUGUCGGUGGGCUACGUCCAUGUGAACAGGGACACGCUGGGCUCAUGGCAGCGCUGUGUGACCACGUGUGAGACCGCUCUCAAGCAAAGGAAACGGGUUGUAAUCGACAACACCAACCCAGACCCUCUGAGCAGGGCCAGGUACCGGGGUCCCAGGGUGGCCUCCGGGGGGGGAGGAGCCUCGGGGCCCCUACCAGCCUGGCACCUUCCCGGCCCCCACAGGUACAUUAAGUGUGCCCAAGAUGCAGGGGUCCCCUGCCGCUGCUUCCUCUUCACGGCCACCCUGGAGCAGGCGCGCCACAACAACCGGUUCCGAGAGAUGACGGGCUCCUCUCACGCUCCCGUGUCUGACAUGGUCAUGUACGGCUACAGAAAGCAGUUCGAGGCCCCGACCCUGGUGGAAGGAUUCUCGGCCAUCCUGGAAAUCCCGCUCCGGCUGAACCUGGAGCCUCCGCUCGAGCGGCUGUACCGCCAGUUCUCGGAGGGCUGAGCUGCCCCCCACCCCCUGCCCCCCCAAUAAAUUGUUUCUCUUUAAGCUUGGGCAGCAUUGUGCUGGGAAGAAGGGUGGUCUACCCAGCGAGGACAGGCACCCUGGCGGGGCUCUGGGCAGGGCUGGGGAGCACAGGGCUGUGGCCUCACGGGCCUGGGGCUCCCAGGACCGAUACCCAGGCGCUGCACUUGGGCGGAAGGCCUCUCCCACAGAGGGUGAUUUAGGCUUCUCAGAACCAUGGCCGUGGGCACCCUAGACAGAGGCUGGGGAACCCCAGGGGGGCGGGGGGCUCUCUCCCACCUGCAGCUGCCCAGCUGCAGAGCCAGCCAAGGAGCACGCGUGCUGGGACCCCGAGGACGAGAGCUGGAUCCCUCAUUUGGGAUGGAGGCGAGCAGGCCCGGGAUCCCCGCAACACAGCCGGCCGGCCCUGGGAAGGCCCGGGGAGCACAGGCCACCAGCCACGGCCUGCUGGGGACGGACCAGCCGCUGAAGGCAGAGGCAGCUCCACGAAGUGUGCUGUUCGCUCCCGGCUCAGGUUCCGCUGGAGGACCUGCUGCUGGUUGGCAAUGACGCGCCGGAUGCCGUUGACGAAGUUGCUCUGGUCGUGGGGGAUGAGGCCGAUGAAGAUCUUCUUCUCCGACGAGUACAGGAGCAUGAGCACGCGCACCUCGCACGACGCCUUGUAGGAGAAGUGCACGCAGCCAGCCUGGCGGGCGCAGGGCGGGGUCAGCGUCUGGCCGCCGCGUGGAUGCGCCCACCCACGACCACGGGCUCAGACACAGGCCAGCUGCGCGCGCACGUCCUGACAGCUGUCCUCACAGCCCUGGUGUCACUCCCCCUCGGGGACAAGCGGACCGAAGCCGACAACAGCCCAGGGACCGACGGGCUCUGCACAGAAGGACACGGGAAGCGGCAGCGCCCAUGGCCAAGCGCCCCACCGCUGGGAAGGACGAGCGCGCGGAGCGCCCCCAAGGCGCCGGGCAGCCCUGACUGUGACUCGCAGCGGCCACACGAGACGCACAGGCCUGUUGGGCCCAGGAAGCCCAGCACUGCGGGCCCCCACGUGCAGCCUGGAACGGCGGAGGCACCAACAGUGAGCAUCCCUCCGCCAGCAGGGACACAGCCGACCAUGACCACCACACUGCCAGCUUGGGGGAGCUGACCAAGGGCUCCGGCUUGGUUACACUCGAUCCCCACGCUUCAUGGCCCGGAGACCACUUUACAGGUGGGCAAACUGAGGCUGAGAGCCGGAGGACUUUUAGGCCGCCACCGCCAGAGGGGCGGUGCCAUCCCUGUGCACCACCUCAGGGGACAGCGCUGGCAGGUAAACGGGGAAGGCCUUCCAGGGCUCACCCGCCCCGCUGCACCGACCUGAGCCCGCAGCGGAGCGCGGUGGGCAGGGGCGGCCUCAGGCUCCCCUGCGGCACCGCACUCAAUACAAAAAAAACAGCCUUCCCCUCGCAGGGCUGUGAGCGGAUCAGGUGCAGGACAGAUGCUGGCCACGUGCAGCGACACCCACAAAAAUGCAGUGACAGCUGCACUUCCACAAGCCUCGGAGGACAACCCGCCUCACCUUGCAGAUGGAGAAUCUGAGGCCAGGACCCACUGGAAGAGACUCCAGGCUCUGAGAGCUCAGGCUGGGAGCAGACAGAUCUCCCUGCCCGGCAAGGGGCCUGCGGGAGCCUUGGGUUUUCACUAGAAAACCUGCAGGGACCGAGGCUCCCUGUCCCCCGGGGGAGCAGGAGGCAGGGAAGGGGCUGGGAGCACCGCGUCCACACUCCAUGGUAUCAGCUCCUCCAGGCUCUGAGUUAACCCUGGGCCUGCCUUUGGGCCUCGGUUUCUCCAUCUGUAAGAUGGGGUCAGGACAGCAGAGCCCCCCGAGAGUCCUGCGGCCUGGGAGCAGCACACGUCCAGGCACAAGGCCCAGCUGCAGUCCCUGGGGGCCACCACGGCACUCCCCCGAGCUGGUCAGGGAAAUGGCCACUGUCCCUCAUCUCCCAGUUCUCCAACCCAGACUGAAGCCCUCCUCGCUGGCUGCCUGCCCGGCAGCGCCGCCCGCACUCACAAAGCCAUUGUCCAUGAUCCGGCACAGGCUCUUCAGUGUCUCCAGGUCCUUGGUGAAGUGGAACUGCACCAGGCGUGAGUUCCGGAACAGCGGCACCAGGGUGGUCUGUGGGGAAGCUCCGUCAGCCCCAGCCCCCACACCGUGGCUGCCACCAACUUAUCUCGGACAGACGUGCGAGGGCAGCCACCUCUUGGACCGACUGUUGGGCUCAGGCCUGGGCUUUUGGGGAGAGAAAGAGGAGGACAUCAGGAGCGGGGAGGCACUCCAGUCAGCGAGGAUGCUCUGGUCUCAAGAUCACCCAGGUCCCCCCAAGACUCACCUCUUGCCACUCCAUGACACCGCUCCACGCCAGGAACUUGUUGUUGACGAUCUGAACCGGGCCCGCGACACCCCCAGGGCCCACUGCCUGCGGAGGCAGAAAAGGGGGGCUGGUGCUCAGGAGCGCCCCAGAGCGGCCUGUCCUGAAGCCCCUCGCCUCCACCUCCUUCAGUGUGUCCCUAGCCCCGGAGGACUCCCCAGAGCUGGCCCUGCCCCUGCCCUGCUCACAGACCUCCUCUGGCUCCCGAAUGGCCCCGAACAAGUCUCAGAGGCUCAACCUGAGGUACCAAGCCCACAGGGUCGGCCUCCAACAACUGGACAGCCCUAUCAUCUGCCGCACAGACAGUAAGACAAAGGGAGACAUUUAUCCCAUGUAACUCGUAAGGCCAUGUGAGCCAGGACACACAGUCACCCCCAGAGCCUUCCAGCCACACGCAACACUCCCCACAAGCCUGCCCAGCCACAUCCCUGCCCUGCUUCACGCGGGUGGCCCUGGCAGGAAGCACCCUCCGUCACGCCCCCUGCCCGGGGCCCCGGGGCCUGGGUGCCGCCGGCACACCUGUUUGCGCGUGGUGAUGACCUGCCGGAUGGCGUUGACGAAGCCGCUCUGGUCGUAGGGGAUGAGGCCCAUGAAGAUCUUCUUCUUGGACGAGUACAGGAGCAUGAGCACGCGCACCUCGCAGGGGGAGAUGUGGGGGAAGAGCAUACACCCCGCCUGGGGGAGGGGAACAGGAGGUCAGGGACCCCGUGGCACUGCCCAAGGGGCCAGACACCCCUCCAAGCGUGCACUUUGGUCUCCCCCACCUCUGAGGUGUGAGCAUCCCAAGGGUUCCAUCUCCCACCCAUGUCCCCUUCUUGAUGCCAGCCCCGUCCCUUAGAGCAGGACCUGCCUUUGCUAACCAGGCCAGAGCAGCCUCCGGGGAGGCCCUCAGCACAAACCCAGCUCUGCUUCCUCCCAGCUGCGUGACCUGAUGCAAAUCACCUCAUGCUCCUGGACCUCAGUUUUCCUAUCUGUAAAAUGGCUUCACAGUAGCCUUCACCGUCAGCACCACAUAAACAUUUGUUAACGUGA